GAAAUCAAUUUUGAUAAUGCUUCUAAUGCUUGCAUCACAAACUCGUCUUGUCAAUUAAUACAAUCAAGAUGCUUAACCCAACAGGACCGUCUCCAGAAGCAGAGUCUCGGCUCACUUUUGGUGUCGAACUCGAAUUCCUUUUGGCUACUUUGCCUGAGGGUGGUGAAACCCCCCAUCCAAGCGACUCUCGCAAAGUAGAUGCAAAAAUUCUCGCGGAUGAAGAUUCCAUAAAUCAUGAUAUCCAGAGAAAAUUGGAGGAAGUUGGCAUUCUAGCAACCGUGAAGGAGUCUGAAUUUGGGAAUGAUAAUGAAGUGGCUGCAAACAUUGCUACCAAUUGGAUAUUGAAAACCGACUGCACCGUUGACCCAGGUAAGCAAAGUUCAAACACCAGAAAGUAUUUUGAAUAUGGCAUGGAAAUUAUAUCACCACCCUACUACUACGAUGAUGUCUCUCGAAGGGCCGUAGAAACAGUGGUGCGAACACUGAGAUAUAAUUACUUAGUUCGUGUUAACGAAACUACAGGGUUGCAUGUUCACGUUGGUAAUGGAUACCAUGGUUUCGAAUGGCCUAUUUUACGCAACUUUAUGGCCAUCGCAUGGACCUACGAACGUCAGAUUUUAUUGCUGAUGCCUGAGAUUCGGUUAAAGAACGUAUUUUGUAAACCCCUUGAUUGGUCCCCACUGGUUGGGGGGAAAAUUGAGCUCACACGCCUUCAGUUUUUAAAUUGUAUCUUGGCACUUACUGAUAAUGAACAGGUAUGUGUGGCAUUGGGAACCAGAAAUGCAGGCUUCAACAUAAGCAAUUUGGCCCCCCCUUUUCGUUCUACUUUUGGAAAACGCACGAUCGAGUUCCGUCAGCACCCUGGAACUCUUGACUCGGAGGGCAUUUUACAUUGGGUUCACAUAUGCGUGAAGUUGGUUGAAAAGGCAUGCCACGUCAAGGACGAAGAGCUUUUCGAGCGACUCCGAGCCGACGUCGAAAGACCAAUUGGAUUUGGGGACGAGAAUAGUGUUACCACGGUUGACUAUCUCAUGUGGCUUGGUUGCCCAGCUCAAGCAUACUACUAUGGCAAGAAACUAAUAUCCGACAAGGUCCGAGUCGAGAAAAGAACAAAGGGCGCAGCAGAAAAGACAGCCAUGGGUGGUGGUCAUGUGGUCGAGUUCAUUUGAAUUCGACGAGAGGCAUUUCAAUCCUUCCUACGAUA